AUGUCUGAAUGGAUUGCUGCAGUCUCCUUAGCUGCUGGAGCAGCUGCUGUUGGGUAUCUAGCUUACAAAAAAUUUCUCUCUAAAGACAAAUGCAGCAAAGCAAUGGUGAAUCCCCAUAUCCAGAAGGAUAACCCCAAGGUAGUCCAUGCAUUUGAUAUGGAAGAUCUGGGAGACAAGGCUGUGUACUGUCGUUGUUGGAGAUCUAAGAAGUUCCCGCUGUGUGAUGGCUCUCACACAAAGCACAACGAGGAAACUGGUGACAACGUUGGGCCUCUGAUCAUCAAGAGGAAGGAGGCAUAG